UCAACAAAAAAAGUUUUAGAUGGCCAAUAAUAUAGGAGCGUAUUCUUUAGGCUCGUGGUUUACAGCAUCUAUUUGCUUGCUGGCUGCCGUCUGCACACUUGGUACUUUUAUGAUAAUGACAAAUGAUGUAAUCGAAAAAUGGAACGACAUAGGCGCCUUGACGUAUGGAUUGAGCGUCAUUACAGUCUCUUUAAUCAGUCUCGUUUUCAUUAUAGUGUUUUAUCUACGGAAAAUUUUAAAUGAUGAAAGUGUGAAGGUGUUGUGGGGCAGAGUUAUAGUAGCCUUAUUGGUGUUGACAGCUGGAUGUGUCUUAGCCAAAGCACAUACAAACUAUGACAAUAAUAAGAAGAAUACGGUCGAAGGACUCAUGACAUUUUGCCAAUGGCUUAAAAAGUCAAGCAAUCACGGCAAUUGUGAUUAUCUUGUGUGGAGUUCUGUAAGUAGCAUGUCGUCGUUUGUAAAUAGACAUUUAUAA